CUGGGUGUGCCGCUGGGGGUGACAGUACCGGUACCGUUGGCGGUGCCAAGCUAUUGGCCCCACAACACUGAGUGCCCUGCCAGGAAAGUCCCAAUGCAGGGGACAGCUCACCCUUGUCCUUAGCUGAUGCAGGUGCCACUAUGGUUCCUGCGUCUCUCCAGUCACACUCCGAUGUCAGCCAGCCCAAGGAUUUCACUCGCAUCCUGCCGUUCCACCUGUCCAUGUCCAUCCUGGGGCUUUUGGAUCAAAAAUCCCUGGAUGCCUGUUCUGCUGUGAAUGGCCACUGGGAAUUCCUGGUCAGGCAGGUCCGGGAGGACCAGGAGUGUCGGAGCACAGUGCAGAAGGACCUCCUGCAGUUGCAGGAAUUGUGUCCUAGAAAAGCCAUUCCAAACUAUGCUAAAAGAGUCGAUGUGCAAAUUCCCCAGUUAAAUGAUGAGGGUGAGGUUGUUGAAGUGAAGGCCAAGGAGCAGACCAAGAGAUAUAAAUCAAAGACAGAGGAUUUCAGUCUGCACGAGGCUUAUCGAGAACUGAAAACUCAAAAGAUCGAGCUGGAAGAGAGGAAUGUCUUUUGUGGCCCCUACAAGACGCGUGUGCUCUUGGACCAACGCGACAGGAGAAGGAGAGCCCACUACAGAGGCGGGGACUGGGUGGCCGCUGGCAGCAGAGGCGUGAGGCUGCUCCGAGUGCCAGCAGGGAAGCGCGUGCCGCUGCUGCUGCACAGCCGCGCUGGGCCCGUCCGAGCUCUGUGCCUCCGCGAUGACAAGGGGCUCUUGCUCAGCAGCACCAGCUUCGACCUCAGCUUCAGGUGCUGGAAUAUUCACAGCGGUGUCUGUGUGAGAACCUUCACGGGUCACUACGCCACAGUCACCUGCCUGGACUCCCACCAGGAGCACGUUGUGUCCGGAGCUGGGGAUGGGAUGGUGAAAGUGUGGAGCCUGAAAAGUGGGAAUUGUCUCAGGACUCUGAUGCACAACAGCCCUGUGUGGGCAGUGAGGAUGGACGGGACCCAUGUGGUCAGUGGGGGUCACCAAGGGCUGGUGAAGGUCUGGAGUGCUGAGACAGGGGCUUUGAUCAAGACAUUAGAGAGGCACCAAGGCCCAGUUCUCUGCUUGUCCUUUGACCAGUGGCACCUCGUCACAGGGAGCAGUGAUGGAUAUGCCCUGGGAUGGAGCAUGCUGGGAAAAUUCAGGAGAUGCCUGAUAGCUUUCUUCCAUCCCAAGGAAGUCCUGUCCCUGGAGUUCCUGUACCUCAGAGUCAUCAGCGGCUGUGCUGAUGGACACAUUCGGAUAUUCAACUUCCUGACUGGAACCUGCCUCCGAGUGUUGGAGCCCAGCAGCAGCAGGGACCCCGUGUCUGAUCUCUACAUUGCAGGAAACAGGGUGGUGACCAACUCCUGCAGCAGACUGCUGCUGCUCCAGUUCGAGGAUGUGGUGUGGGACUACUCGCUACCCACUGACAGAGAGGUGCAGAAGAAGGAGAAGAAGCCCCGGAAGGGGAAGCGCCAAGGUGCCAGUGCAGAGCAGCAGCAAGCUCAGGACAAGUCACCAAAGAGCCGUGGAAGACCCAAAAGUGGUGAAGCUGAACAGGGCCCAGCUCCCCCUGCACCAGAGGAGGCAGAAGCCACUUUGGAGCAUGAGCUGCCCCAGAGAAACCCAAGCCGUCCAAUGUCCCCUGACAAGUUCCUCCUAACAAUCGGCACCCUGCAGAGCUCCUGCAAGCCAGCCGUGUCCAGCCCCACUCCUGAGCUCUCUGCAGAGGCCAGGGAGGUGCAGCAGCAGUGCCCUGGGCAGGUGCCAGUGGCUGAAGUGCCCCUGCAGCAGCAGCAGGAGCGGGCAGCGCAGCUCUGGCGUGCCGGGCUGCACAGCCAUUCUCUCACCAUGACAAGAAUCUCCACACUCUUUGAAACCAAAAGGCUGCGGCUCAGGCUGAAGAACUCCUUGCAUGGCCCCGCUGUGAAAUCCUCCAUCCCUCCUCCCUGUCUUGUAUGUCCCAAGUUUUGUGGCUUGCUGGGAGAAAGGAAAAUUCCCAGGGGCCAUGGGAAAGACACUCCUGGCCCCAAAGAUGGGGAUCAGGUCAUCGAUCUCUCUGCAGCUUCUUUGGAGCUGAUCCAACCAACACUUGGCAUGGCUGCACAGAUGAGGAAUGAAGCUCCCAGGAGAAUAAAACCCUUCUGUCCCCACAGCUCCCACAGGGACAGUGGGCUCAGGCUCCUGACAGCAGAGCAGGAGGUGUGGGAGGCAACUGUGGCAGCUCAGCAUCAGGCACAGCAGGCAAAGCCCACGGAAGAGAAAGAAAGAGCCAGAAGGAAAGCCUGGCUGAGGAAAACCAAAGGCCUACCUGUGGAUUCUUUUACUGGGGAGAGGAAAACACUUGCCCCAGAACUUGGGCAUAACACAUUUAUCUGAGGUGAUCCCUGAGUCCAACCAGCAGCCAUGACCUGGGAUUCUGGUGUCCAGCUGAGCCUGCCAUGUGGCUUUAAGUAUAAAAUACAGAUAUAUUCAAUUAUA